AGGGGGCGUGUCUCCUGCCACAGGUCACAUGACCCGGAAAAUGUGGGGCUUAAUUCCUGUGUUGGACUGUUCUCAGCUCAUGAGCUUCUGCCCUUCACAGUGCAAACCCUCAAUCUGCCCCUCAACGACCCCCGGACUCCAGCCGGACUCUCCUCAGCACACCAUGACGGCAGACGAAGCUUUUGUGACACUGGCAACAAAUGACAGCUACGCCAAAGGAGCGAUGGUUCUUGGCCAAUCAUUACGAAACCACAGCACAACCAGGAAACUAGUCAUCCUGAUAGGACCUUCUAUUUCAGAACCUUGCAGAGAUGUCCUGCGGUCCAUUUUUGAUGAGGUUUUGGUGGUUGACAUCAUGGACUCUGAAGACACAGCACACCUGGCCCUGAGCAAGCGUCCUGAGCUCGGGGUAACAUUGACCAAGCUGCACUGCUGGACUCUCACACACUACAGCAAGUGUGUCUUCAUGGAUGCAGACACACUGGUACUGUCGAAUAUAGAUGAGCUCUUUGAGAGGGAUGAGUUAUCGGCAGCACCGGAUCCUGGUUGGCCAGACUGUUUUAACUCUGGGGUGUUCGUCUUUACGCCAUCCAAUGAGACUCAUGAGAAGUUGCUCACAUUCUGCGCUGAAAACGGCAGCUUUGAUGGUGGUGACCAGGGGGUUCUCAACAGUUUCUUUAACACAUGGGCAACAGCGGACAUUUCCAAACACCUCCCCUUCAUCUAUAACCUCAGCAGUGUUGCCAUCUACUCCUACCUGCCAGCGUUUCGACAGUACGGAAAGAACGCCAAGGUGGUCCACUUCCUAGGCAACGUGAAACCGUGGAGCCACUCCCAUGAUGUGCACACGGUGGAGGUCAAAGGUCAAUCUUUGUCCGGUGACCUAAGCCAGCCGCACCCCGACUAUUGGCUCAUGUGGUGGCAGCUCUAUUCCAAAUCUGUGCUUCCUUCACUGCAGCAGGCCUUCGGUGACACACCGUGUGAUAGUGGCUUUGUGGAGGAGAACGUGGAUGUGGUGAGCAUUCACACUUCCUCUGAAAAAGAUGCCACAAGGAACGGUGUUUCAAAUCAAAUAACGAUUCACCAAACACCUGAAGUCGAGGUACUCAUCCUUCCAAUUAAACUUGAAGAGGAUGUGAAGGAGCAGCUGACUUCUCCUUCCUCCGGCUCUCCCAUCGUGAAGGUCUCCUCUGAGGAGAGGAAGCUGCGCUGGGAAGCGGGCCAGAUUGACUACAUGGGUGAUGACUCCUUUGAAAAUAUUGAACGCAAACUUGACUCCUUUCUAAAGUAGCUACACGGGGAAGCGGUUGGAGAGCCAGAGAGCGCCCGUGGAAGAGGGCAGAAGGCCCGGUGCAGAUUUUUACCUCCACAAGACCAAUCGCGGAACCUUGAUGCGCAUGAGAUUGAAGACCUCUGCAACUUUUAGUCUCACUGCGUCCUGUCGGACUGUUUGUGAAUUGAUGUAUGAGUGCAACACAAAUCCCUGCAAUCCUCAAUGUUCUCACUGUGCACUCAGCAGAAGACUAAAGGGUCUGACAGGAAGUAACAGGUUGACUUAACCACUCUGAAGCACAUGUGCAGCUAACCCAGUGGCUCCUGCUUUACCACGGCCUCCUUAGCCAGUCACAGCUUAUCCACCAGUGUUCCCAGCUCAUUGUGUCUCGGGCGCUCGCCAGUGCGCUCUGUGUUGUGGUGAUUUAGGUCACGUGUUGUAUUUGCAUGGCUCAGUAGUGAAAAUGUGGGACAGUAUUGAAGUGUUUUUACCUACUUCCUAAAGUGCAAUGUCAGUGUG